AUGAGGUUAUUAUGGCAAGGAAUGAACGUGGUUGGGUACCGUCAGUUAUUUGAUCUACAUUCCGAUGUCGUGGAAGCGAAACGGGACGGGCAGUCGCAAGGGGCUGCGGAUAGUUAUGCUAUGCAGUGCAUAGAUAGCGGUAUCGGUACACAUUUUAUUUACGUGAGAAAAGGUGUGCCCGAAAAUUUGGUUCCGCCGGCGCCGGAGCCGAGAGUAUUCGGACCCGGUGACUUGGAAAGGCUUGGAGGUUGA